AUGGACGCAACAAAAUCUUACUAUCUCUAUAACCCUUCCGAGGUGUUGGCAGGAGUUGUCGCCGGCCUCUAUGCUUUGAGCUUCUUUGUGACGCUCUACCAAAUCAUACGAAAGAAAGCUUGGGUAUGGCUUUUCAUGCUACUUGCCAUUACCAUGGAGGUCAUCGGCUACGUCGCUCGAGUUGUGUCCGCCACUGAACCUGCAAAGAAGGGCCCUUACGUGGUCCAGUUUACGCUUGUGAUUCUUCCACCUGUCCUGAUGGCUGGUGUUAUCUACGUGGUAUUUGCGAGAAUUGUCUAUUGGGUCGUCCCACCCGAGUCAAGGACACUAAGUUUCCUUUGGGUUCCCCCCCGCUUUAUCACCCUCCUGUUCGUUGGUUUCGACGUCAUUUCUCUCCUACUGCAGUUGAUUGCCGCGGUAUUGAUCGCUGGGACCGACCCCACGGAGCACGAUGCGAAGACCAAGCUCAAUCUUGGUAAGACUCUGGGUCUUGUUGGUGUCAGCACUCAAAUUGCUGGUUUCGGUCUAUUCACCAUUGCAGCCAUUCGUUUUCACUUCACUUCCAGGCGUCUCAGUGGCGAAUUUGCGAGGCAGAACCAGGUAAAGUAUGGGAUUGCAAAGAAUUGGACGACAUUGCUCAUUGUUGUAAACGUUUCGUGUCUGCUCAUCCUCGUCCGUUCUAUCUACCGUGAGAUAGACUUUGCAGGAGGGAAAGAUGGCAAAACUCACCAAAAAGAGUGGUAUCUAUACGUAUUCGAUACCCUGCCCAUCUUACUCGUCGUUUUUCUCUACAACAUCUUCUUCCCAGGCAAUUAUCUCAAGCACCUUGGCUUCAAGCUGCCCAAGGAACAUCAAGGUCUUGCCUCAGAUGUUGAGGCAAUGGACAAGCAACCGUCAGCAACUUCAGAGUCCGUGCAAUAG